GCAGAACUGUUCACAAUAUUCCGCUUCCAGCACUGCCUGCGAUGAAGCAAUCAGCAGCCAUGAAGUGGAUCGUAUCCAUUUCCUUCAUCCUCCUGCUAAAUUUUGCAGAAUCCAAAGCACUGCACACAAAUGAGUUUGGAAUAGCUUCCACGUUAGAUUCUUCCCAGUGCUUGACAGAGAAGAAUAUGAAUAACAUAGCAAUCAUCACCUUUUCCCAGUUUGUUAAGGAAGCCACUGAGGAUGAAAUCAACAAAAUGACUAGUGAUGUGUUGACUGCAAUGAAGAAAAACACUGACGACUGGUGUCUAGAAAACCAGCUAUCUGUGUUUCUGGAUGAAAUGUGCCACGAGACAGAACUCUCUAACAAGUAUGGAUUCUCAGACUGCUGCAGCCAGAGUGGGGUGGAAAGACACCAGUGUCUGCUGGCACGCAAGAAUACUGCUCUGGCCUCUGUCCCACCCUUCCAGUUUCCAGAACCUGCCGAGAGUUGCAAAGCAUACAACGAAAACAGGACAGUGUUCAUGAACAGGUUCCUCUACGAAGUGGCAAGGAGGAACACCUUCAUGUAUGCCCCUACCAUUCUUUCCCUGGCUGCUCAGUAUGACAAAGUAGUUCCAGCGUGCUGCAAAGCUGACAACAUGGAAGAAUGCUUCCAGACAAAGAGAGCAACAAUUGCAAAGGAAUUAAGAGAAGGCGCCAUGCUAAAUGAGCACGUAUGUGCAGUGAUAAGAAAAUUUGGAUCCCGAAACCUCCAGGCUGUAACCAUUGUUAAGCUAAGUCAAAAGUUUCCCAAAGCAAAUUUUACUGAGAUUCGGAAGCUGGCCCUGGAUGUGGCCCACAUCCACGAGGAGUGCUGCCAAGGAAAUGCGCUGGAGUGCCUGCAGGAUGGGGAAAAAGUCAUGACAUAUAUAUGUUCUCAACAAGAUAUUCUGUCGAGCAAAAUAGCAGAGUGCUGCAAAUUACCUAUGAUCGAACUCGGCUCUUGCGUAAUUCAUGCAGAAAAUGGCGACAAACCUGAAGGUUUAUCUCUAAAUCCAAGAGAGUUUUUAGGAGACAGAAAUUAUGCCCAAUUUUCUUCAGAGGAAAAAAUCAUGUUCAUGGCAAGCUUUCUUCAUGAAUUUUCAAGAACUCACCCUGACGUUCCUGUCUCAGUCAUUCUAAGAAUUGCUAAAACAUUUCAGGAAAAAUUGGAGAAGUGUUCCCAGUCUGGAAAUCUACCUACAUGCCAGGACAAUCUGGAAGAAGAAUUGCAUAAACACAUCGAGGAGAGCCAGGCACUAGCCAAACAAAGCUGUGGUCUCUACCAGAAGCUAGGAGCCUACCACUUACAAAAUUUGUUCCUCAUUGGUUACACGAGUAAAGCCCCUCAGCUGAGCCCCGAGGAGUUGAUAGACCUCACCGGAAAGAUGGUGGGCAUUGCUGCCACAUGCUGCCAGCUCAACGAGGAGAAAUGGUCCAUCUGUGGUGAGGGGAUGGCCGACAUUUUCAUUGGACACUUGUGUAUAAGACACGAAACAAACCCUGUGAACGCUGGUAUCCACCACUGCUGCAACUCCUCAUAUUCCAAUAGAAGGCUAUGCAUCACCAGCUUUCUGAGAGAUGAAACCUAUGUCCCUCCACCAUUCUCUGAAGACAAAUUCAUUUUCCACAAGGAUCUGUGCCAAGCUCAGAGCAGAGCCCUACAGACCAUGAAACAAGAGCUUCUCAUUAACCUGGUGAAGCAAAAGCCUGAAUUGACAGAGGAGCAGUAUGUGGCUGUCACUGCCGAUUUCUCUGGCCUUUUGGAGAAGUGCUGCAAAGCCCAGGAUCAGGAAGCCUGUUUUGCAGAAGAGGGUCCCAAGUUGAUUUCCAAAACUCGUGAUGCUUUGGGGGUUUAAACAUCUCCAGAAGGAAGAGAGGACAAAAAAAAAAAUGUCUUGACGCUUUGAUGUGAGCUUUUUGGUUUAAUUGUAACUGACAAUACUUUAACCACAUGGUGAAGACUUCCAUGUGAGACUUGUAUACCUCAGGAAUAAAGACUUUUUCAACUGUU